UUGCUUAGGUCCCAGCCCAUCUUGGUUCGAAGUCGAGCCGAGAGCCAGAGUAUGAUGAGGUUGACAUGAUUGCCAGAUGUUAAUGAACCAUAACCAUUGCUUGACGGGACGACCUAUCCUCCAUGGGAUGGACUUUCUGUUGCGAAGAGCUACUGCUGCAGGUAACACAUGCGCCGCGCCCUGCUCCUCCGUCUGAAGCCGCCAAUUCCUACUAGCACUCAUUCUGGAUUUUCGUCACCUACGCCAACAAGGACGUUAUCCUCCGCCACCACACCUUGUUCUAACGCUACGCCGAAUACCCUCACCGGUACCUUCACAAUUCGUUUUUUAUCCCUUCAUACAAUGUCUGCCUCCGAAACCCCCGAUGAAUGUGCCAUUAUUGCGCUAGGCCAAGCUUACAGUCAUUGAUCACCUAUUACGUCCAAUUGAUGCCUCCAUUCGUCAUUAUCAUCUUACAGUUCUUCUUCGAAGCGGAGGAUGACGAGGACUCGCGCCACGACUACGGCGACCGCGGUUGUUGUAACCCUGGUUAAAUCGAAGGCUUGGAAUUCAACUGGCAUUUCCACUCAUUUCCAUCCUCUCAACAAGGGUUUGUUGGCCCUUUGAAAAAGACUCAUCGAAGAAGAUGGAUAACAACGAGGUAAAAUAUCAUAUUGUGCUUGACUGGGGGAACUGGGGGACCGUCCAUUUAGCUUAUACCUAACCAUUGAUAUUGAACAAAUUGCACAGAAUGUAUGUAGCCGAAAAUUGUUUUUGCUUUGCUCGGGAUACACAACAAAUCAACUUCUGAAGCCCUUA